ACCAAAAGGAAAGCACAUCAGGGACAUAAAGCUUGAUGGGAUUUGUUGAAAAUUGUGGAGAGAUGUUUUGGAAGCAUGUUCCUAAAGCUCCUGGGUUUAUAAAUCGGGGGAGGGGGUGACUGGCUGGUGUGUGUAUAUCCCUAACCUGUCCCCUGUUAUGUUUUCUUUAGAUUUCUCCACUUGUUUUUUCACCUUUAAAUUAAACCCAGGCCGGCAUGUGUGCAGAAUUUAAACGUGAUCAAAGCUCGAGCUGCAGUAUGCGUCGUGGACUUGGGAUUAAGGGGUAAAGCCGUGAGUGUUUUCCGUGAGUAGUAGUGACGCAGACACGCCAGACAAGGCCUCGGUUACGACCACUGCAGUGGAGGGGAAGGGGAAGGUGAAUGGGGCAACAGCGACCUCCGUGGGCAAUGAGACCGGAUGCUUCCGCUGCGCAAUAGUGGCUCAGACAAAAGGAGGGGAAAGGCUUUAUGGCGAUAUUUAGAUCCGCCAGACAGGCUGUUAUCUGCAGAGGCAAAAGAAGUGAAUAGCCCCUGCGGUAAACUGGGUGAAAAAACACCGUGAUUUAGGUUUACAGCCUGAGAGCCAUUGGCAUAGUGGCGUCUUUUCCUGCUCUGGAGGUGUUUGUCUAUUCUAACUUUUAGGGCACAAAUAGGCUCACAGCCGCUCCUUUCUUCCCCCCUUCGGCUUGUUUGAAGUCUGUUGGCCAGAUAACGUGCACCUUGUGCCUUCUCUCUGUCCUCUCUCUCUUCUAAAUGCAAUAGCAACAACAGAGUGGGGAGAGUUCCUUCGUGUUGAAUUGCAUGUGGCCUUGUGGGGUGUUGGCCAAGCUCUCCGUUUAUUUGCUGGUAAUAAAUAAAACACGCAGCGUUAUAUGUGAGAACUCAAGGUUGCUGCUGUGAAAUCUGCUACGGUUUUAGGUUCAGGAUGUCACGGAUGUUUACACGCACACAGCCAGCACGUUUUGCAAAAUCCACAUUGAUGUAUUUCUGUAUAUGCUUUAAAUCUCAUUAAACUUUAAAUAUUUUAUUAGGUUUCACUGGUUGUCUGAAAAGACUAAUGUAUUUUUCGGCUGGAUGCAUUUGGCUUCCGUUUAUAUUAACACAAAUCUAACAUAAUAUGUUUACUAAUUUCUGCAGAUGUUAAUACAGUUCUGGCGGGCAAUUCAUCGUUCAUUUAUUUUAUUUAUUAACUACAUAUUAUCAUCUCAACAUUCACCAGACUACUUCUAUUUUAUAUGUGCUCUUGUAUACUGGUGUCCUCGCACUAUUCACUUUUAAAAGGAGGAAACCACAAGCGCCACAUUACGCAUUAUUUUUAGCUCUGUUUAAGUGUAACGUUACACCGAAGUACAAGCUGCUACAAUCAUUAAAGUUUAUUCUGUUAAUGGCGGUGAUGAUACCGUCAUAUAGGCCCGUAAGUGAUAACGGCUUUGCAAAUAACAAACGGCUUAAAUGAGCAACGAGAAACCGGGAUACACCAACAUGUUGUUUGCAAAUUAUUUAAUAAAUUUUCAGCUAUCGCGGUUAAAUUCAGUGGGUCAUUUAUAAACCUGCAACACUUAUUUUGCUUUCUUUGCUUUAUUUAUUUUAUUUUAUUCUCUAUGUUCAAUUUUACAUGGCCAUUUUGUAACACGUGUUACGUUAUAUCUUUAUAUAGUCUAUCCAGUCAAUUGACGUUAUUUAAUUUAUUAUGUAGACCAGUAGUGUUGUAUCGUAAUUAUAAGCCUAACAAAUGAAAGUCUAUAGCUGCACCUAAUAAGACAAAUUUGGGAAUAAAAUAGUCCUGCUUCAUUUUUCUUUUUGUUUUCUGACUGAAUAAUUCAAAAUAAAAAUAUUUUCUGAUUUUGAAGGAAAAAGUCAUGUUCAUUGAUUCCUUUUGUCACAUAAAAGUACAUUUGGCUUCGCUAUUUACAUUAAAAGGAAUAUACUGCCAUGCGCUUUAUGAGAUCUUAGUGCUUUAGGCCCAACAUAUGCCGUAAUGUGUAAUAUCUUUAGUCUAAAUCACUAACUUUUGUCAUUGUAGCCUGGAAUAAACAUGUCCAUUUCAUGAGCAUUAUGCUAUGUGUAUUUGUGUCGGUAUACACAACACUAGCAGAGGCAGUAACCUAAAUAAAAUUGUAAUAACUAGAUUGCAAAUAACAAGGCUAUUUUACCCUACAAUAAGCUCUGGCAGCAUAUGCUCGGAUGUGUCAUAUUUAUCUGUCAAAAAUUUUAAACUGAAAAAAGGGGGAUUAAACGGCCACUGGAAAAUGUCUGACACAGCCGAAACAUGACAAAAAUAAAUAAAAAUGUGGCUCAUAUAGGCAGGAUUUGAGAUCCAAACGUUGUUUGAGAUUUGAGCUGCUAAGUUUCUUUAAUACGGUGGUGGUUACAAUGUGUUUUGGUGAAAAGCAAUGGUAGGGUGCUUACGUGUCCUAUAAAGUACCUCGUAAAAUAAGGUUUCCAAAAACAUACUGUAUCGUUUUGGAUAACCAACAAGGGAUUUUAACAGCAGCAACUGGAUAUGAUACUGCACAAGUUUCUUUUUUCUUCACUUGUUCAUAUUUUCCAUCUCACAGAUAGCAGAUCUUUCUCAUAUCUUGAUAAUUCUCAGCUUUAAAACUAGAGGUUGUUAUAGGAGAGCGGGUGAGUAUUUAAUGACCAAAGGGAUUGAUUUAUCCUUUAUUGUUCAGCCUUUAUGAUCACGUGUGUCUGCUAUCCAAUGGCAUAGCAGCCUGUCUCCCCAUUACUAGCCCACUGUAGUUCUCUGAGGGGCCAAGUUGCUACUUGAUUUCUCCACAUUGUUAUUUUGUGAGGCUGGGUUUACUGCGUGUGUAUAUGUGUGUGUGGUGUGUGUGCGCGUUUUUACUUUUGCAUGUAUCUGUUGUAUGACUGCGUACAUGUGAAAGUAUCAUUUUUUUGCCAUGUCGACAUCCGGAACGCUGACUAGUUACUACGUCGAUUCCCUCAUUCUGCCCGAGAGCGAGGAGCUCUCGGUGCCGAGAUACCCCUCCGGUCCUGGGCUGCAGCACGCCAGACAGUCCGCCACUAUCAGCGACCACAGCGAGCUUGGGACUUGUACCUUCCCGUCCAAACCGACGGUAUUCGGCCCGUCAUGGAGCCACGUUCCGGCUCAAUUCCCAGGCACCGUCUCGUCUGUGUAUCAUCACCACUAUGGGCAUCCCCAAGGCCCGGUCGGUGCAGAUACAGAUAGUCGCUAUCAGUCAUGGUUGCUGGAGCCCAUGUCCGGUUCCCUGCCAAUGACCGGAUUACCGACGACCCAUCACUACGGAAUCAAACCGGAGGGUCUGGGGACGCGAGCUGAAGGCGCGCUGCCCGGCUCCCAUACGGCGCUGCUGCUCUCUGAUUACGCCAACGGGACGGUGGCCACGGCAUCACCAGUGGAAAAGGACGCACUGUCCGGCCAGGCAGGGGACACGAGCGGGGAGGGCGAAGAGAAACCGGGCCUUGAUCCAAAUAACCCAGUGUCCAGCUGGCUCCACGCGAGUGCCACGAGAAAAAAGCGCUGUCCGUACACCAAGCACCAGAUCCUGGAGCUGGAGAAAGAGUUCCUCUUUAACACCUACCUGACCAGAGACCGUAGGUACGAGGUGGCGAGGCUGUUAAACCUCACCGAGAGACAGGUUAAAAUCUGGUUCCAGAAUCGCAGGAUGAAGAUGAAGAAGUUUAAUAAAGACGGCGCACCGAAAGACGAGUGACUGAACCGUACAUAUACAGUAUUUAGGCUGUUAGUGAGCUUUAUGUGUGGAAGCUCUUAACUCUGCUGGACCCUGUUUUUAAACUUCAUUGUCUUAUUGUUCUAUAUAACAUAAGCUAUUGGGCUUAUCUGUCUUGUAAAAAUAGCAUGUUGGGCUUCAGUUUGAUGCGACUACCUUUAUAUUGCACAAUUUUAACAGUGCCCACUCGUUUUUAAUUUGUUCUUUUUCUUAUGUUGAUUUGAAUUAAUACCUCGUUAAAGUGUAUUAGUUGGCUUGGUCCUUGUGCUCGUUUGUGUAUGGAUGUUUCUAGUUGUGUGUGUUCUGGUUUGUAGUUCUAUUUGUUGUCUAUCUCAGAGUCACCUGAGCGUAUAGUUUGUAAAAUGUAUUCAUUUUUAUUGUUGUUUCUCUAUUAUUGUUAGAACUAUGACUGAUGACCAUGAUUUUGAAUCUAACAUUGUCACCGCAGAAAAACAGACUGGUCGCAUUUUGAAGUAGGUGCAAAAACCUCAGAAACCUCCUUGAAAAUGCUAACUAAAUUAAAUGUUAUAGAAGCUAUAUUACAUGACAUGAUUGACUACCUAUAUGUCUAUCAACUACCUACAAUAACCUAUUUUUUUCCGAUGGCGAAUUAUAGUAGAUUUGCUUGCAUAUAGAUACUGAACUAUGUCUGAAUUUCAGGGAGUAACAUUUUGAAAGAACAUAAUGUUUGUUAGUGAGAGGAAAUUAAACAAAACACUGUAGGCUACUUAUUGAAUACCUCACGGUCUGCCGACCGUCUGACUUUUGGUUCACAAAUGUAAUUUGUACUUUAUUUAUUAAAUAAAACAAAUUAUAUCUGCGAAUUCAUGCACGUUACAUUCUUAUUGGAUUUUGGCCUGACAUA